GCCAAUGGAAUAGAUUUGACGCAAGCCACUCACCAUCAAGCCCGCACAGCUCUCACAUCAAUCGGCGGAGUUGCGCGUUCAUUCGAGCUCACUGUUUAUCGUGAAAGAGCUUCUGCGUCGGAAUGCGGUGAAAGUUCAAGUUCCAGAACCUCCGGGAGACGUUGCUUUGGCUCCAAUUCGGAGAAUCCCUUUGAACGAGAAGAAAUUUUGCAAGUGACGUUGAUGAAGCGUUCGGACAAGAGGCUGGGCAUCAAAUUGGUUGGCAAAAAGAACCUGCCAGGGGUGUAUAUUCUGGGCCUAGUACCAGACAGUGAGGCGGAUCUCGACGGUCGUUUGAAUAAAGACGAUCGCAUCCUAGAAAUCAACGGAGUCGAUCUUCGGGAAGGUACACAGGAGGAGGCCGCCAACAUCAUCCGUACUGCAGAAGAGCACGUUGCUCUUGUAGUAGCCCGUGUCAUCCGUCCCAACACUCCAGAGAUGCUUCGCUCCGAUAGUGGGGAGUUCUUCGUGGACUUUGGCGGUGGCAGCAAUGGAAGCAGUGGCACAACCUCAACCUCAGCAGCUACACGUUCUCCUGGUACUGCAGUUCCUCCUCCAGCUACUACCGCGUCUGCUCUUCCGUCCAGUCUCAAAUCACCGUCUACUCGACUCUGUCGUGAACAGGUUCGUUGUAUUGGCAUUGGGAAAAAUUCUCACGUACUUAAACAUCAUUUGAGUCUCAAAUGGCUAAGUCCACGUGAAGAAGCACCUUCCAUUUUUUCUCUGUUGGUGGUUCCCAAGGGAAUGUUCAGGUUGAUUUGCUGUUUCCACCUAAUGGCUCUCGUCUAG